AUGUCGCGGGCCGAACCUGACGUCCAAGUCCCGUCUGGCGACAUCAAAGCCGGCGCGAAAGUUUUCAAGGCCAAAUGCUCCCAGUGCCACACAAUCAAUGCUGGAGGAGCAGCGAAGGCCGGACCGAACUUGCACGGCUUCAUUGGCCGUGAAAGUGGAAAGGCAGAUUUCCCGUACUCGGAUGCGAACAAGACCAGCGGCAUUGUCUGGUCCGAGAAGCACUUGUGGGAGUACUUGUUGAAUCCGAAGACGUACAUUCCGGGCACGAAGAUGGUGUUUGCUGGUAUUAAGAAGGAGAAGGAGCGCGCAGAUCUGAUUGCUUACCUUGUUGAUGCCUCCAGUAAAUGA